UUUCCUCAUCCAUCCCAUUGGCUGAGCUGGAAGCAACAGUCAAAACUGCUCUGAACCUGUGGCUUUGAAUUUUAGAAAGUUGACUGUGAGACUGUGAAUAUUAAAGAGAAUGCUAAGCUACAAUCAAAAACAUCUACAGAUUCCAACUCCUUCUGAACAUAAUUGGAUUGAAGAUCACAGAGAUGACUAUUACCUGAAGGAUCCGGAUCAGUGGCUCGAUGAAUUGCCUCAACCAUUCAGAAUGAUUGAUAAAUUAAUUGGACACAUCAUCGACAAUGCUUGGGAAAACAUUGAGAAAAGAGAAGCAGAAAGAGAAGCUGAAAACUUAAAGAUAAAACCUCCGACUCGUGAAGCAAUAGAGGAAGUUCAGUUUCCUGGCAAUUUAAAUUGUUUUGCAAAUAUUGUGGAUGGAAAAAAUAUUUUUGCUGGCAUGUCUGAAGGUGUGGCCAUUCUGAACCAGGAGGAUCAUACUAUAAAAUCUCUUUGGAGGAUGGAAAGUGUGGAGAUUAUUGCCCUUCAAGUAAGGCAUGUUGGAGGUCAACUGUACCUGCUUGCUGCUCUAGAUGACAUGGGUGUUGCACGUCUUCUUUUUUCUUAUGGGGAUCUCACUUCCCUGAUAAAAGUUUUCAAUGCAUUCGACAACGUAAGUGAAAAAGUCAUUUGUAGUAAAUUUGAGAUAUCAGAAGGUGGAGAUUAUGCUGGUUUAACUCUUGAAGGAAAAGGCGAAUACUGGCUGGAGGUGUAUCGACUGCAGAAGGACAAUUGGGCUCAAGAACUGGAUCAGUUUGAAAAGCUCAUGACACUUAAUGGGCAAACAGGAAAACGUGCCUUGAAUCCGAACUCUGUGCCUUCUUGGCAGAUCCAACAAGAAUCCACGCUCAGUAACAAGCAAUUUAAUCAACCAAAUAUACAAGAUAUUAAACUGUCACCUACUGUUCUAGUGAUGAAACAAAGAUACAAGCAGAUCACAGAUUACAUUUGGAAAAAUCCAUUUGAUGCCCUUCAAAAGCUUGAUGAUUCCAACAUAAUUGGUACAGGCCAAAAUCAUGUCAUUUCUACUCAGCAAUGGAUUGAGGAGAAGAAAAUAUUUGAAGAAAUGUAUGAGUCCUAUCUUUCCAAAGACACCACAGAAGAGUCUGAAGAAAAGCAGAGUCAAGCAACAUUUCAUUUUAUUAAUCUUGGACGAAUUCUUCCAGUGGGUUUGGAGCAGAAAACUCAAGCUGGAAUUCCCAAUGCCUUAUGUUUGUGGUGGAAUGGCAGCCACAUUCUGUUCCAUUAUGUACUGAAAAUACCUGUAGGGAAAGAAAAGAUAGAGCUGGAACCAAAAGCUGACAUUGUCUGGCCCAAUGCCUCUCCAAUCACUUGUUCCACUGUGAAAGUGUGUGCAUCUCUCUUGGUGGUUGCCCUUGUGGAUGGGACAGUCACAAUCUGGGAUUUGUAUUUAGGCAUUCCAAUAUCAGUCUUAACAGUUUCAACAGACAGUAUCAUUCAGACACUGCACUUUCUAGACUCCGACUUCUGUGUCCCUUUCGGAUUAUCUGAUGAAUAUAGAAAAGUUCAAAUAUUGAUAACUUGCAAAAAUGGUGAAGCUUACCUUGCAACAGCGACUAAACAUACUGAAGGCAGAAUCUUCACAUUGAGAGAGAGGAAUGAAGAACCAGGAAAUACCAUAAGUGGAGUAGCACUUGUACCAAAAUUGUCAAAGUUUCUACUCAUCUUUACAACUGGCACAAUAGCUUUGUUUGACUUCACUGGCAAGGAUGUUUUAUGCCACUUCAUUUUGCCUUUCCCGUAUGUAACAGCAUCACCAUGGGAGCCAGUGUUUGCUUUUGACAGAGAUGGCAACUUCCUCUUCAUCAAAGGGCUUAAAACAAUGAAUGAAGACUCCCCCAACAGGAAUGAAAACAGAAGCUUGUUAUUUGCCUUCUCCCUGCUCUUCGUUUUCCCACGAGACCGUUGUACAAAGGAAAAAGAACUCAUACAGCCUCCUUCACAGAAUAUUUGGGAAGUAAGAUGUGAACAUUUUCUACAGGACAGAUUGAAUUCUCUGAAGAGCAGAAAUGAAGAAAUGACAAGAUGUUGGAACCAGCUUCAGCACCAUGCCAAAUUAGUCAGCGAAAGAAGACAGGCUAAAUAAAAAUGACACGUUCAGUAAGAUAGGAAGAGUGUCACAUAGAUUGGAAUACAUCAGUGAAGGAUUUCCCAUUCUGUUGUGUUUACUGAAUGGUGUCUAAAAUGAAGCUUUCAGAAUUGAGACAUCAACCCAAAGCAACUGAAACUGGAGGUUAUAUUGACUGCAGAGGGAAUGGGGGAGCAAUUAAUCCUUUAUUGCUCCUCUGCAACUCAAUAUAUUGAUGUUCCAAAAUGCUGCAUCACACAGAACAGGAAAAUUUGCAUCAAUUGCAUAAUUUUGAAAUGGUAAGAGUAACCUGUGUAAGGUUUAUUGCUGGCACGAAGGGUCACUUGAAUCCUAUAUGUAACCGUGCAUUAAUCUGGUGGUGUUUUUCACUGACAACAGAGUUUUACACUUCACUGUCUCUUUUUAAUAAAUUGUUAUCUUGAAUAUCCUAUUUUUGAGUUUUCUCUCCUGCCACUGACUCAUGCCUGGAGUACGGUCAACAUUAUUGCAGAGCUAUUACCUAAUAGUUUGUCAGGGGAGUUCUUACUUUACAACUGAA